AUGGAGAGCUUUCGAGCAAGUCUGGGGCACCUCACUGCCACUGGGAUGAGAGCACGUGUCUACUGUGAAGACAUUCUGUUCCCAAAGGUGCACAGUACCAUGGCAGACCUAUGGUGUAUUUACUCCAAGCCUGUCCCAGCAGACAGCAGAGAGUUGUGGACCUUGUUUCUGCAGUGUUCCUGCAUUACAGCACUGAUAGGAGGCCUCUUUUACAACUGGAUGUUUGCUUCCCUGGAAUAUUCCUGGCAUCUCUCUGUUGCAAUGACUGUCUCCUUCAGUCUGCUCCUUCUCCUGACCCUUUUCUUGGUGCAUCCUGCCCGUUGUGUCUUCAGCAUGAUCAUGCCUACGUUAGGUACCAAGCAAGGCCGUAAACUUCUCUUGUCAACCUGCAUCAUGAUAGCAGUGGUGAACAUAACACCCAACAUCAUAAGCAACAUUAAAACCAUACUGCAGGUUAUUAAGUGCAUCUGCAAGAAUUCCUCUGAGAGUCUUCUGAACUCCACUGCUCUGCUGAGGACAGCUUCCUGGGAGCUUGGGAAUGCCAUCCAACAAACAGCUCAUUCCAUUCAUAAGCCUAUGAAUGGACAUUUUCAGUUUUCAUUGCUUCAGAACAGCUCUGCAAUUUACCAACACAUGCACUUUGCCAGUGAGAAAAUUAGUAGGGACUUUUUGUCUGUUGAGGUACUGGUCAAAGACUCUGUAAGAGUAGGCAACAAGCUGGUUGCUGGUUUCUCCAUGCUCUAUCUCUGUUUUGAGUCCACCUGGUAUUUGAAAAAUUACCUCACCAACCUCCGCUUUGACAAUUUUUACAUGACCAAGAAGCUGAAGCAUUUAGCUGUGGACAGAAAAGCAGCUCAUCUGCUGGGGAGCUCAUCCAAAAACCUCAUCCGACCAACAGGCUUGAAGCUGUCCCGGGAAGAAGCAAUGCUGUGCCUCGUGCACGCUGUGCUGCUCACUGUGGCCCUGAUGCUGAUGCUGGUGGUUGUGGCAAUGGACCACUUUGCAUUCAGCAUGGCAGACACUGCGGUGAGAAAGGCAGCUCAGUUCUCUGUGGUGCCCAUCACUCUCCACAUCAAAUACAGGGUAAGAGCUGGGUGCCCUGCCCUGCCCUGCAAAUUAACACUUCAGGACUUUGACAGGACCUACCAUCAUCAUCUGACCUUCAGCUCUGCCCACUGCAGGAUCAGCCCCCCAAUUCCUCCCAAUCCUUCUGUGCUGCUCGUUUUGGGGCUCCUCUUCUGCAUCCUCUAUGCCACCGUGUUCCUGGAAACCUACGCACGCCGUCUGUGCCGGAAAAUCGCAGCCUCCUUCUUCCAGAGCUGGGAGGAGAAGAGACUGCUCUACCUCUACAGGAAGCUGUCCAGGAGGCAAAAGAAGGAGCAAAACUGUGUGAAGAACUAA